AUGUCCACAGCUCGUCCUACUACCUGGCUUGUUACAGGUGCCAACCGCGGCAUCGGCCUCGAGAUUGUGAAGCAGCUGCUCGCGUCUCCGACCAAUCUUGUCAUCGCAGGCGUCCGCACCCCAGAGAAGGCGGCCGCACUGCGCGACCUGGAAACUGCCGCAAAGGGUACGCUGCACAUUAUCAAGCUAGAUGUCAGCGACUUCGCCAGUGUCCGCGCAUCCGCGAAGGAUCUUGACACGAUCCUCGGCGACACCGGUCUCGAUUACCUUGUCAACAACGCUGGCGUCGGACCGCGCGACACGGCGUUCACUAUCGACCCCGAGGUACUCCUCGAGACGUUCAAGACGAACAGUAUCGGCCCGGUUCUGGUCUCGCAGGUCGCGCUGCCGUUCCUCGAGAAGGGCAGCGCGAAGAAGAUUGCGCACAUCUCGAGCACAUGCGGAAGCGUUGGGAGUGCAGACCAGCUGGGCGUGAUCGUCGCGGGGUACUCAAUGACGAAGUCCGCCCUGAACAUGCUCGCGUACAAGCAGAAGCUGGAGCGCCCUGAUUUUACAGUCCUCACGUUGUGCCCUGGGGCGGUCAAGACAGACAUGAGUGGUGGGUACUGGGAGCUCGAGCCGCCCGAAAGCGUCGCUGGCCUUCUCAAAGUGAUCACAUCCGCGACCACUGCCGACAGCGGCAAGUACUUGCGGUACAACGGCGAGACGAUCCCGUGGUAGAGGCGCAACAGAAGGGAAAAUUCAUGUAUACCAUACAGCAUACUC